AUGUCUCAAUUUGAGCUUGACUACGGUGUUGCAGUUGCCGCCUUCGUUGUAAUAACAUAUGAUUGGGCACUAACAUUUGGACAAGAGGUCGAAUUGGUCUGGAGGCAACGCUGGUCCCUAAUGACAGUGAUGUAUCUCAGUGUGCGUUACCUUGGGAUCUUAUCCGCUGCUCUGUCCAUGGUUGGUGUGUCUCCUUAUCCACUAAUGGCUGCCACGCUAUAUUACCAAAGAUGCUGGAUGGUGUACAUCAUAUGGGAUUGGACAAUUACUGUGGUAUUUUCGAUGCUGUGGGUCAUCAUAAUCACUCGGUUGCAUGCCAUGUAUCAACGAAACAGGCAGAUCCUGAUAUUUCUCGUUGUCACCUUCCUGGCGAUCAACACUUUUGCGGGAGUGACAGCCGUAAUGUCAACGAGGCAUACUUUAGGAGAGGAACUUAUUCUCUCCGGCACCUAUAUGUGCAGGAUUAGCUAUACAAGAGAUGCUCUAAUUCUGGAUAUUGCUACUUGGAUACUCUUCAUUGUGUGGGAGGUCCUCACACUAUGUCUCGCAGUCUGGAUUGCGGUAAAACACUUCCGUGAACUGCGAUUACAUCCGGCAGGAGGGAUUAUCGGGGACUGUUUUGCGGUGUUGAUGAAAACUCAUUUGCUUUACUUUGCGAGUGUUGUCGCUGUUUCGUGUUGCGCCCUCAUCCUUGAUUUCUAUCCCAAAUUAUCAACAAGCCGUUAUCUCCUAGAAGAUCAGACUUUGUAUGGCUUGUUUCAGAUUUUGGAGGUCGUGAUGUUCGUGCUAGGACCACGGCUGAUCCUUGGCAUUCGAGAAUAUAAUGCUAAACUCGUGGCUGACUCCGACGCAGCAACUGGCAUGACCUCAAUCGUUUUCCAGGAGCGUGUGCAUAUAUCGACUGGCAGUAGUGUGUAA